AUGCCAGAUGGUCAGUCCGAGCCUGCUGGGAGGGUCGGGGUCUCCAUUUCCCGCCACAGUGUAGCAUCGUUGUGCUCAAGAGACAGUCGACAAAAGUUCUACAAGAGGGCAGCGCGAGGAGGGACCUCGACGUGGACUGCUGACCGCCUGGAGAUCGGCACACUGUGGACAGGUGGCAACGGCCACGAGCUGUCACAAGGCAGCCGAGAGCCCUUCCAGUCGGGAGGGGUUAUCGUUGGAGAGUGCCGGGCCUUUCUGCGGGAGCGGCUCCAAAGACUGAUCGCCUGGGGUCGUAGUGGCCAAGAGCGGGCCACCGACAGCCUGGGGAUCCUACGUCUACAGAGAAGCUCCAGCCGCCUUGGACUCUCCAUUUGCAGCCAGAGGCUUUCUGGCUGGCAGUUAGGAGUUGUCUUCGGGCAGGAGGAGGACGAGGAGCAGGGGGGAGAUGAUGGGGGUGAUGAAGGUCAGGAGGGAGACGAUGAUGGUGGUGGUGGUGGUGGUGAAGAGUCUCAGGGUGGAGGAGGUGGGGGCGAUGGCGAUGGAGGCCAGGCGAAGCCAGGUGGAGCCAGGGCAGAGUGCACCACCAAGAAGUCCAGUCACCAGGUGCUGUUGAUGACACAGCUUCCCCAAAGCAAGACCCCGAGCCAGAUCCGCUGCAGCGGAAGCCUCGUUGACCAAUACUGGGUGCUGACCGCUGCCAGCUGUGACCAUCCUAAUCUGGUGGCUGUGCUUGGUAAAGACCUCAAGCUCGAGAAACGGGACGUGUACAAGAUCAAGGGAAAGUAUACCUAUGAUCAGCCUGGUAGUCACAUCAUGUUGCUGCAAUUGGCCAAGCCCUUGCUCAAACGGCGAAAAAAAUACCCGCUCAUAAGCAUGCCAGCCAAGGGGACAUGCACCAACCCGGCGCCCGACAACCAUAUACAUCUCAUUGGCUGGAAGGAAGCCACCAAUAUCCAAAGACAGGGUGGAACACUAAAUAAAGACAGGUUACCCUUUGCCAUGUGUGGGGACCUGAAGGUGACGGAAUGUGGGGCUUCGCCUGAACUACUCUGCACUGAGGGUGACGACAACAAUGCCUGUAGUGGGGAUUCUGGUGGUGCACUGAUCUAUGAUGGACUGCUCUAUGGAGUAGUCAGUGCCAAAGAGAAAAAGACUUCUUGCUUAAUCAAGUACUCAAGUAUCUGUUUCUACAAGAAGUGGAUCGAUAAGAUAGUGAAAGAGAAUUCUAUAUGGUACAAAAAGGUAAAAUUAUAAAGGUAAUUUCAAAAGGUGCUUUGUUUGAUGAUAAUGAAGAAUAAAGAA